AUGUUUGAUGCUGGUUUGGUAGAUGAAAUAGUACCGAAUGAUUUUACCCCUCUUAACAAGGUUAAAGAUGAUGAACUCGUUAACAAGUUAUGUCCAGAAGGGAAAGAGAGUGAAGAGAUGGAUACUAGUGAGGAGAAAGAGAAUGAAUAUGUUGUGGAACAUUCUAUCUUCAAUCCCCAGGUACACUGGAAAAAGCAAGUUCCAAUUCUGGGUAUGAGAUUUGAGAACCCUAAACGGCUUAAGAGCAUGCUAUCUAAUUAUGUUGUUAAGCAUGGAUACAAGCUAUGUUUCGAAAAGAAUGACGGUAAAAGACUUAUAGUAUUGUGUUGUAAAGGGGCUUGUACCUUCAUGCUGUAG